GUUCUCCUCUAUGUCCUGCCUGGAAAGGUGGCUGGUACCAGCUGCUGCCUUGGGAAGGGGUGAAACGCCCCAAAGCAGGUGCCCCUGGCUGACAAAAGCCAUCUCCCCAGCCAUCCCGGUGUACAAUGGGCUCGUGUUCUUGUUUGUGCUGGCAAACUUCAGCAUGGCAACUUUCAUGGAUCCUGGAGUUUUUCCACGAGCAGAUGAAGAUGAAGAUAAAGACGAUGACUUCCGAGCUCCACUCUACAAGAACGUGGAGAUCAAGGGCAUUCAGGUGCGCAUGAAAUGGUGUGCAACCUGCCACUUCUACCGUCCUCCGCGCUGCUCUCACUGCAGUGUCUGUGACAACUGUGUUGAGGAUUUUGACCAUCACUGCCCAUGGGUCAACAAUUGCAUAGGACGGAGGAACUAUCGCUAUUUUUUUCUCUUCUUGCUGUCCUUAAGUACGCACAUGGUUGGAGUAUUCACCUUUGGCCUGAUUUUCGUGUUGAACCACAUGGAAAAGCUGGGAGCAGCUCAUACCACCAUUACAAUGGCUGUCAUGUGUGUGGCUGGGUUAUUCUUUAUUCCAGUCGUUGGUCUCACUGGUUUCCAUAUUGUUCUAGUGGCACGAGGACGCACAACCAACGAGCAGGUGACAGGUAAAUUUCGAGGGGGAGUGAACCCUUUUACCCGAGGAUGCUGCGGAAAUGUGGAACACGUGCUCUGCAGUCCUUUGGCUCCCAGUCUCCUCCACCUUCCACUGCAGGGAAGCUGUUUCAUGAUAACUAGGUACGUAGUUGAGCCCAAGAAGAAGCUGGCUGUGAGUGUGAAGCCUCCUUUCCUCAGACCUGAUUUAUCUGAACGACAGAUCACAGUGAAGAUCAGCGACAAUGGGAUCCAAGCCAACCUCAACCGGAGCAAGUCCAAAAUCAGCCUGGAAGGUCUGGAGGAUAAAGGAAUGGAUGUGCAACCACCGCUCCCACCCAAAGGAGAUCAGAGCAAAUACUCCGAGUUAAAAGGGCAGCUGGGGACCAGUGAAGAAAGUGGCCUUUCACCCAAAUUGAUCAGCCCUCCUACACCUGCCAUGUACAAGUACCGGCCGGCUUUCAGCAACAAUCCCAAAGUCCACUACCAUGCUGCUGCUGAGCAGAUCACCCUGCAGGAGGGACACAGCCAGGGGGCUCUGAUAGAAGAGGAUGGCAGGAGCCUUGAUUACCAAUCUGAACCCAGCCUGGACAUCCCCAGCUACCGGAAGAGCUCCCUUCACAAGACCUACCAGUCUUCCCCACUCCAGAUAGAUUCCUUUGCCAUCAAUUCACGAUCACUGAGCCUGAAAUCUGCUGGCAGGAGGGGGACAGACAAAGUGCCCCUUCAUCCAAUGAAGUCUGAAGGGGCGGCUUCCACUCCUUACAAAAGCAUCUUUUCUCCCAAUUCCCUGUCGAACAGAAAUGGGAGUCUUUCAUAUGACAGUUUGCUAAACCCCAUGUCGCCCUCGGGGAGGAAAUGUGUCACCCAUUCUGCAGUCAGCUCUGUCGGGUACCACUCACCAUAUUUAUCAGCCAAAAUGUGCCAUCUACGGGGGAGUGAGCUGCAACGCCAACCACCUCAGAGCUUCAGCCCAGUGCUGGGGGGCCCAGCUGCACAUCAGCGAGACCCCUCUCCAGUCCGCUAUGACAACCUUUCCAAAACCAUUAUGGCAUCCAUUCAGGAAAGGAAAGAGAUGGAAGAGAGAGAGAAGCUCCUCCACUCGCACCCUGAUUCUGUGUUUGCAGACUCAGGUGUCUAUGACACCCCUAGCUCUUACAGCCUUCAGCAAGUCAGCACACUCUCUGAAGACCCACGCAGCAUGGCGAUGAGAUAUGGAUCUAGAGACAAUCUGAUGGCUGCUACCAGUUUUAGCACAAGGAACCCUAUACUGCAGUCUUCAGUGUCUUCACUCUCAAGUGCAAUGACAAGAGCACCAAGGACUUCCACAACCUCUCUGCAAGCUGAUUUAGCCAAUAACAAUGUCCAGACGCAUCAAGCACUACAAGGCAGGGUGAGCAAUGGCUCCUACAAAUCACCAGGCCACCAAGUCCCAUUGUCCCCCACAGGAAUGCCUAGGUCACCCUCCUACGGAGGUCCAAAGGCUGUCUCAUUUGUAAACACUGUGGAAAUUACAGAGGUGCAAUCAGUGGGAGCACAAAGGGAUGACAUACAGAUGAAGACACCGCACAGUAAAAUAAAUGGACAGCCUAAAGGAAUAUCUAGGCUGGGCUCAACGUCAAGUUCCCAAGGAACACCAGUCAGCCCUGCUAGACACUCAAAUGUUAAGAAGGUGUCUGGAGUUGGUGGAACAACCUAUGAAAUUUCAGUGUAAAAUAAAUUUAGAUGAAAACAAAGAGCCAUCCACUCAGCCAGCCAUGAAGCUAGGAGCACUGUGAAGACUCAGUUAACAACAAAGAAGGAGCAGCAGCAGCCGGCCACUCUCCUUUUCUUGUUUUGGAUUCAUUCUGUUUUCAUCUCUAUCUGUUGGCCAAAUAAACAGCUGCAGCCUUAUUCUCAACGGAAUAAAAUUGUACAGUCCAUCAGAUUCGUCUUAACCGACAGACAGGAACUGGCUGCCAUCGUCCACCACCACCACAGAGCCCAUCUUUUUUUAUGCAAGAAAGUGCUAAAGCCAUUGUGUGUCUGUCUGUCCAACAUUGUGUACCAGUAGUGCAGUGAAAAAAUGGUCAGUCCGGGAUCGUUCCAUUUUCCUGUGCCCUUUCCCAGUUCUUCUGGCCAGCCACGUGUCCAGCAGGAGUCAGAGGUUCAGCUGCUGCUUUUCUGCUGGUGAGGAAGGCGUGCUCCUGUGCCGGGCAGUCUGCAGGUGUGAGAGCUGCCCUGCGUCUCCCAGGCAUUGCAGGUCAGGUUCUCCCAGGCAGGAGCGGGGCAGGGCACCCUGCACCACAAAUGAUGUGUCAUCUUCAAAGGCUCCCUGCUCCUUCGUCCCAGCUGGGUGCAGGAAAAAGGGCAGCAGCAGCUUCUCCCAGUCUGCUGUUUGCCUGCCCAUGUGUGAAAACGUGUGUGCACCCGCGUGUCUGUCUGCUGGGAAAGGACCACACCACCAGUGAGGAUCUUCCACUCUUAGCCCUCAUCCCUGUUUUUUAAAGGGUUCUCUGACUCAGAAAUAAAACCAUGUGGACACAAAAGGAAGUGUUCAGGUGGGGACACGUUCUAAACAGUCGUCAGCUGCUUUCCCUGCGCCCUCCCUCUUGCCUGUUGGAUCCAGGCAGUAAGGUGCUUACUGCUGUGCCUGGUGCCCUGUGCGGUCCUGCAGCAGGGUUAGCAUGAGCUGUUGAAUUCACAGUGUGUGUAACUGAGCCAAGCGUAAGUCUAUAGGAUAUAAAUGUGGUGUCUGCCUAAUGACGAGCACAUUCCCUCCGGUCUUCAGUACUGUUAGACAAAGGAUUGUUCUGUUUGGUUUUUGAGUUUUAUUUCCCUUGGGGAACAACUUUUUUAAACAAUGCCAAUCGAAUGAUGGAACGUUCUGAGGUUUCCUUUCCCAUCUCCAGAAAACUCCAUUUGCUUUGUUGGAUUUAAAGACAACUUUGCUGUUUGAAAGCAAACAGAAAACGCAAGAAAGGGUUGUGAUAUAUUUGGUCUCAGAAAUCAGAACUUCUGCUGACUCCAAUUUUGGGACAAAUCUUUAUUUCCUUUUUUUUUAUGUUCUCUGUUCCUGAUCUCCUUUUCCUUCCCACUUGCUAUCAAAAGUACGGAGGUCCAGACCAAUGCUACGCAGCCAGAGUGUGUGUUCUAUUAAGAAUAUCCUGAGUGACUGUUGCCAAAGUUGGUAAAAAUCAUUAUUUAUCACUGAGCCAGUCAGAAUCUGAAACCUCAACUUUUCACCUCAUUGUCCUUGUUAAUAGUUCUGUCCGGAAAGCUAAAUUCCCUGUUUUUCAGGAUAUUGGUUUCAAGGGGCUGAAUCCUUUCCAGUCUUUGACUAUAAUGGAGAACUCUCCAGCUAAUUGGUAGCAAUUCAGGAUGUGUCAAUAGCAUUUUACUUGUGUUCAUCUAUGUCGAGAUUAAUUAUUCCAGAAGGCAAAUAGGGACCUCAGCUUUGCCUGGUUAGAAUUGAUCUUUUGAUUUGAUAAAUGUUGACGUGUACUGCAAUACAUGGUUACUGUGUGUCCCUUUUGUAUCGCAUGAUUUUUGGAGGGGAAGACUGAAGUGAAGGUAAUUACGUGUAAAGCUCUGUGUAGUCCGAAGGGAGAAAUGCAGAGUGCGGAGCAGCUGAAAUAGGCCAAAGUUAUGAGAGUGAACUAGAAAUCAGUGUGCGUUUUAUGGCCGCAGUGAUAUCUUUAACGCCUGCUGUGAGGGCAUUGCAGAGCAGAGAAGCAAUCGUCCUUCUGUGCAGAUUUGUUUGUUGGCAUGUGGAAUGUUGCCUUGAGUUGGAGGCAGCACAGUGCCAGGAGGAUGCUGGCAGACGGGAUCAGGUACAGAGGGAGCAAUAUGUGGUAAAAGACUGGACGAGCUGGCUGAUAGCAAGAUUCAAGUCAUGAAUACUUGAUACACAGACAUGACUUCAAGUCAUGAUUGAUGAAUUUCUCAGUAAGGCUGAAGGCAGCGAUGUGUGUGUGUAAAGCACUCAUGUCCAGGGUUCUUUUUGAGAGAAGGAGCAGGGGAGGACAGGAUGAGCGCACUGUGAGUAGUUUUGGCCACAGUUGAGAUGCAUUGGAUGUGGUAACUGGUUUACAAUGGUACCAAAGUCUUUUUUUUUUUUUUUCCUUUUGAGGUUUGCAUUUAAUUCAGUGCUCACAGCCUGGAGCAAAUCAUUCAGAUCUUGUGGCAGAAUAAGCUGAGCGGGACUGUAAACAGGAGAUUGCAUGCAGCAGAUCCAGCCUCGUUCCCAGCCAAGACACUGAACCUACAGCCAUUCUCUUAAAUGUAAGCACCUGUGCCCAUAGCUCCUAUUGGAACCUACUUACUGCGUCUGAUCUAGGGGCAGAAUCCCAACCUUGCUAAAACAUUGUUCUUCAAACAGUUCACAGAUUAACAGCCAAGUUCUUCUGCCCAAAUCCUCAGUAUUUACAGGCACUGCAGCCAAAUCUCCAGGUGGUGUAGACUGGUGUGGCUCCACUGAAGCGAAGUAAGUGAUGCUGAUUUUCAGUAGGUGGGAUCAGCUAUGAAAAUCCAGCACAAGUUAACACGUAUUAUAAAGUAGCUUCUUGAUUUUGUCACGUUUAUUUCAUGUUCAGAAGUCUUAAAGCUUUUCAGCGUGUUUUUAUUUUUAGCUGUGGAUUGUAUUACUUUUAAAAAACAAACAGCAAUAGGUUUUGUUUAGUUUUGUGCAUCAGUGUUCAUGGCAUAUUGCAUUUCAUUAGCUGUCCAUACACUCCCAUUUAGCCUCCAGGUUUCCAUUGUAGUGCAAUCUGCCUUGAAAAGUUGGAUCUCUGUAUCGUUAAUUGUACAAUAUAUUGAGCAUUAUGAAAUUAAAUGUACUUUACUACGUGGGUGGGAGAGAGAGGAAAUAUUUUUACUUGAAGCCUUAAUAUUUUUUUUUAAUGCUUUGUUUGUUGACCUCAUAGGAAAGUCUGAAUAGCAAAGACUUUGAAACUUUGGGCCAAAUACUGCACUGAUACGCAACCAGCAUUUGGCCCCCAUGUCAAAACUGGACGCAGACAUAACCUGAAGGUAACAGGGGAGAAAGCCUCAGGGAGGCAUCUUUUCCUGGAGGUCAUUAGGACAGUCUGAGCGCUGUGUCUGUAAGGAAGCACACUAAACAAGUCCUCCAGUCUUGAACUGUAAAGAAAGGUGAUAGCAGGAGCUGCCCAAAUAUCUUAGAAUUGCAUUUUCUUUUUGAAAUCAAAGCAGAUGUGGUCGCAGUUUGGUUAAAGCUCUGAGGGUUGCACAGAGCUGCGUUGGUAGCCAUGUGCAGCAAAUGAACUGCGCUGUGUUGCUGUUCUGAAAUUGCUAACGAGGCACAACGUCACAUCAGCUUGGCCGGAGAUGGUCUCCCUGUGGGCAUUACUGUGGUGCUCCUUGGGGGAUGCCUGCUCUACAGGCCUAACGUGGAAAUCACAACGUGGUUUUCUUUGGACUAUAUCUGUGGUUCAGACUAGACAUAUAUAUGUGUGUGUGUGUGCGUGUGUAUAUAUACAUAUAUAUAUACAUAUAUGUGUAUAUACACAACGUUUAUUUUUAUGUGGGGAAGAUGAGGUUAAGAUUGCUGUCUCCGACAGUCUGGAAAGUUAAUGCUGAACCGUUUCUAUGGUCUGUAUUUCACCUGUUCUGCCACCUUGAAUUGUUGGAAUGUAUCCGUGCAGGCUUUGUGGAGCUCUGUCUGUAACCUUUUUUUGUGGCUCUCGUAAUACAUAUAUAUAUUUUUAAACCUUUGAGUCACUUCAGUAUUUUACAGUGUCCGUUGUCCCUGGUUUGUUAUGCCUGACGUGGCCUCGUGUGCUGAGUCGGUUCGUGGGGUGCUGCCCCUUUUCAUUUCUGCUUCUGCAAAACGUGAACUGAAACAGCUGAACUGGGCAGGUCAGCUCCAGUGCAGAACCCGCAGGUGUCCAAAUAUUAAACCAAGUGAUUGCAGGUGCUCAUCUCCAAGGUGCUUUGAGUAGAAAAUAAGAACCUUCUAAAAAGUGCCUCCUAGUUGUGACCAAUGGAUCGUGCUGUUGGAGCCACAGCGGGUAGUACAGGGACGGCCCGAAAUGGAGCUUUUCCAAGCAUCUGUUGUUAAAGUUGUGGGACUGAAUAGGAAUCCUGUGGUCCAGCACAAUUGGGAAUUGUUGCUACAGAGUAGUGUGGAAAAAAUAAGUUCUAUCCAGGAUACGUGGAUUUAUACAUCCCAAAGAUUACAACUUCUCAUCCAUCUGUCUUCAUCUGUUUCUGUUCUUUGGAAAUACGUCCAUUUGAUGCGUAAGAUUGGCCUAUAAUUCACACAAUUGCCAAACUCUCCUAACAGCAGCUGCUUCAGGAUUUCUGAUGCUGUAAUUUGCAUAUGUAGACUAAUUAUAUUGAGCAAGAGGCCAUUCAGACGUGUUCAUUAUGAACAUCAAUCGUAUCUGUGCGCUGUAGAGGCAGAGGUUACCUUUUUAUGUGUCCAGAAACUUAAUCAAUCAGCAGGCUCCAUUGAUGUUAACCAGGUCAAACAGAUUUAUGUAAGGUCAUGAACUGUUUUAGCACAUUUUAUUUAAAGACAUGUUGGCUUACAGAGGUCCUGCCUUUCCUCUCUCUAAGUAAUGGAUAAAUUAUCCACGUUUAUAUUCAAUUCUCCCAUCAUUGCUAUUUCUUUAUUAUUUUUUUUAUUCUGCAGGAUGAGUUUCAGUUCACAUUUUGGAACAUAAUAAGGAGAGACAAAGGAAACUAUUUAUACAGGUGAAUCUGUCUUUUAAGAGAGAAGCAGUUAUAUAAUAAAUGGAUUAGAGUUACUGUCAAAAUAGGUUUUGUUCAUCUUGUCACAAUAACUUGAAUUUUAAAGUAAGGCUUAUUUCUUAGCUGGUUUCUGUAUAACCCUGAAGCAUUUGAAAGAUCCCUUGGUUAAACAUUUCAAAUUAUACGAAGAAAUAUGGUCUACUUCUGCAAAUUAAA